GGAUGACGAACGGUUUGAAACUAUGGAGUAUGGACACAAAUGCAGCCAAUUGGGCAAAAUGGUAAAAUGAAAGUUGACGGAGAUAUCAAUGGAUAAGAUCUCUGGUCGAGAGAUGCCGGCCACAAAAUUUAGGUGGAAAACGUAACGCAGGAGAUAAAUUGAGAGAUUGUGAUCAACAGAUGAUCCUUUACCUAACCUCUAUUCACCCAAUUUUUUUCUGCCCGUCUCCGGCAAAUUCACUCCAAGUGAAGAAACCAUGUCGGACGACAACAAGGGUAACCCACCCCGCCGGCGAACCUCCGUCCUCCUCAACCCAAUCCAACUAUUCUGCCUCCUCGUCGCAGUCCUCCUCGCCGGAACCGGCCUGGUGCCGCUCGAACACGUCGGAUUCGUCCUCUUCUCCGCAAUCUACAUGUACUUCCUCUCCCGAUUCUCCUUCCCGGCGGGGAACACCCCGACGGAAUCCGUCUUCGACCGGAACAACAAGAUCCUGGCGAAUUACGUCCUCACCGGCGGCGUCGUCGGCCUCUUCCUCCCCGUCGCGUACAUCCUCCACGCCCUCCUCCUCCUCCUCCCGGACGGCGGCCACGAAGCGGUGAGGGCGGCGGCGCCGCAUCUCUUCCUGCUGUCCAGCCAGGUGUUCAUGGAAGGGGUUUCGUUUGCCGGCGGGUUCUCGAUCCCGGUCCGGGCUUUCAUUCCGGUGUUCUACAACUCGAGGAGGAUUUUCAGCAUCUGGGGUUGGAUUCAAUUCGAGUUCGCGAAGGUGGAAGGGUUGGUGAUUGUGGGGAGAAUGCUGGCCGCGGCGAAUUUAGGGUUUUGGGUGUAUAAUCUGUUUGGGUUCUUGUUGCCUGUUUAUCUUCCUAGAGCUUUCAGGAAGUAUUACUGCUCCUCCUCUGCUUAGAGAAAAACAGGGGAAGAAAGCAAAUUACUCUCUGUAGUGUGAACUGUGAUGGAAUGAAACACUAAUUGUGUUAAAAAAAACUACCGAAAAUACAAAUCAUUUGUUCUCCAUUAGACAAUUCUUAGCUCCAACUUUGGUUAGACAGCUCUCACUAUCUAAGGUGUCAGUUUGUUAUUGAUGGAUUUACCUUCCUUUUUUUAAUAUUCAAUUAUGCGAAGUAAAUCAAGAAUUAAAAUAUUAAAAAAUAUGAAAUCACCAAUUGAAAACUAACAAGUGGUUGAUUGGAACUUCCGCGUCCAACCAAGAUUGGAGCUAAGAAUUUUCCGUUCUACAUUGACCAGUGUUGCAAAUAGUCACAUUAUGAUAUUGCUUUUGAGCUGAUGGCCUGAAGAUGAGCCGUUGAGUUCGGUUCUCGAACAGGGCCUAAUUAUUAUAUCAAUAGGUAUAUUUGCUUCUCAAAGUAGUAUUAAUUUAUCGGUUGCAACUACAAGUGUUGAAACAAUAUUUUUUUUCAAUUUGGGUUACAUAAAAAAACAAAUUUCGGAAUUGAAU